AUGUAUAUAAAAAUUCCAGUUACAAAUGUACCUAAAGAGCAGUUAGAGAGUGGUGGUGACGAGUUGGCGGAGUCAUGGCGUCAUCAUCAGCAACCAUCGUACGCGCCAGCCAUCUCGUCAGCGACGGAGCCCUACAGCGCGGCAGGUUAUUAUGGUACAACAGCACUUCCUUAUCAGGCCUUUGGAGUUGGGGAUGGAACAUGGUCCACCAAUGGAACAGAUCCAUUCGCUUUCCUUGGAGGAUACAAUCCUCACGAUUCCUAUGGCGUGGAGGGUAGUGUAUUUGGGCCAUCAACAACCCCCUUUUCAACAGCAGCAUUUGGACAGCCAGCAUCAACUUUUAACUAUUUCCCUGGGAAUGGUGAUUACUCUACGUGGGGUCAAUUAGGUCGUCCAAAACUGUACGAUGAUUACUAUAGGAAUGAGGGAAUGUACGUCCCAGACGGGGUUAAAGCCGUUGACAGCGGUGUGCAGUCAUUGUCGCUCUGCGAGCAUAUUAAGAGCGAUAAAGAUCGUACGCCCGAACUCAAAGACGUUUCUAGUGGAUCGCAACCCAAAAAGAUGACUUGGGCUUCAAUAGCCAGCCAACCGGCUAAGCCGACUCCGUUAACACAGAGCGGAGGGCUCAAGAAGAAGGGACCUGGAAUGCCACCACCGCCGAUAAUUCCAGGGAAACAUAACAUGGACAUCAGCACGUGGGAUGCUGGGAAGAAUGCACCCGUCGCGAGUGCACCGCCGCCAUCGCUUCAGCCGCCGCCGGUGCCAGCUCCUCUACCGAUGCCGCAGCCGGCGCCAACGUCCGCUCCGCUACAACGUGGACCACCCCCGCAGCACCAACCGCCGCAGCACCAGCCGCCACCGUCAUGGACUCACACCCCUCGAGCUCCUCCGCCGAUGCAACCGCGCCCCAUGGUGCCCCCACCGAUCGUACCCGGGCCACUACAAACCGCACAUCCCGUUCUAGAAGAACUACGCGUCAAGAAUGAAUAUAACCCGAAGGAGUUCGAUCUCAGUGCCCCAAAUGCUAGGUUCUUUGUGAUUAAGUCGUAUUCGGAAGAUGACAUUCACCGUAGCAUCAAAUACGAAAUCUGGUGCAGCACAGAACAUGGCAACAAGCGUCUCGAUGCUGCGUAUAGGGACCGCGAGAGGGAGGGUGGUGCUGUGUAUCUAUUUUUUUCAGUAAACGGUAGCGGCCAUUUCUGCGGUAUGGCGCGUAUGAUUAGUGCUGUCGAUUAUAAUUCUAACUCGAGUGUGUGGUCGCAAGACAAAUGGAAGGGACAAUUCCGCGUCAGGUGGAUAUAUGUUAAGGACGUUCCUAAUGUACAACUACGGUAUAUCAAACUAGAAAACAAUGAGAAUAAGCCAGUGACGAACUCUCGCGAUACACAGGAGGUUCCGCACGCUAAGGGUCUGCAGGUGUUGCGUAUCAUGCAUAGUUACUGUCAUUCCACCUCCAUCUUUGAUGAUUUUAUACACUAUGAACGCCGCCAGGAGGAGGAGGACUCGCGUAAGGUGCCUCACCACAACCCACAGGAUAACAAUCGGGAGGAGCACGAAGGUGGUGGUAGAGGGUAUCGGAACUAUCGUGAUUUCCGUGACCACCGUGACGGUCGUGACGGUCGCGAUGGUCGAGAAGGUGGUAGGGAUGGUAGAGAUGGUCGCGAUGGUCGCGAUCAUAGAGAAGGCCGGGAGCCGAGGGAUCAUCGGGACGGUCGCGAGCCCAGGGAGCCUCGUGACGGUCGUGACCCUCGUGACCUUCGCGAUCCUCGUGACUCACGUGACUCACGUGACCCACGGGACCCUCGGGACUCUCGGGACCACAGGGACGAGCGGGACGGACGAGACAACCGAGAACACGGAGCAUACCGCGACAGGGACUAUAGGCCGCACCAUAAGCACAAGGACUGA